AUUUUACUUUAAAAAUUGAAUUAGUAAUCUACUAGUAGUGUAUAAUUUUUUUUGCUCUGUUGAAUGAUAGGUUUACAAUUCUUCCGUAAUACUUGUUAGCAAACUUCUUACUGUCCCAUUACCUGAACAUUUCGAUUCAUUUCAUGUGCUUAUUAUGCCUCCAUAAACAGUUUCUUUUUCUCUGUUUCUUUUCUUUUAAGUAUCAAAGUGUGAACAGGUCUCCUUGAUCCUCAUUUUUAAGUUUCACCUACAUGAUAAAUUGAGUGAUAGAAGUAAUGGUACUGGUGGAGAACAUCAUUGCAAAUGAUAUAAAAAUUGUUUCAUUAAUCUUUAUCUUGGCUUCACUGUGAUCAUUUUUGACAUCAUGAUGGAUUCUGAUGGAGGGUUCAUUCAACUUGUCUAUGCAUGCACUUGUGCUUAUUCGGAUGGAGUUAUUUUUGAGCUGCAUGAAUUGAAAUUAUCAAGAAACCAUUUGACUAGAAGGAUUCCCCCAGAUAUUGGCCAAAUGAGACAGUUGGAAUCACUUGAUCUUUCACACAACAUGCUUUUAGGCCAGCUUCCUCCAAGCAUGUCCUAGUUAUAUUCUCAGAGCAAAUUGGACCUGUCAUAUAACAACUUUUUUGGGAGAAUUCCAUCCAGCACCCAAUUGCGGAGCCUUCCUGCUUCUGCAUUUGUUGGUAAUCCUGCACUCUGUGGACUUCCUUUACCAUAAACAUGCCCCACUGAUGAAAAAUCUACCAAUGGUGGUGUCAAAUACAAUCAACAAGAUGAAGAUGAAUUUUGGAAAGCAUUUAAAUCCAGUAUGGAACUUGGUGUGGCUUUCAGCUUUUUAAGUGUUCAGGCUUUCAAGUUAGAUCAUCCAUGGAAACAUGUUUCUUUCUUGCUAUUCAACUACAUGAAGGUCUACCUCAGCAGCUUGAAGGACUAUGUCUGUUUGAUUGUGGCAGCACUUUGUUUGGUGAUAACAGUUAAUGCUACCAGAUUGUGAAGAAAGUUUAAGUUUUAGGAACCAUCCUUCGUUUCUUUGAGCAUGGAGAGGAAGUACAAGAUGCUUCUUCAAAACCUUCUAGGAUUUAACUUCUCUUGGAAGGUGAUUCACCGGCUUUCUUCUCAGCGUCCAGUGUCUUCAGGGCAACUGUUAUAUUCCUUUGUUGUGUGUGAAGAAUCCUGAUUUGAUUGUGUGUUUAUGGUUUUAUGUAUGUUUAAUUUCAUCAUCUAGUCUGUAAGGAAUGAAGAACAAGCUGCGUGCAGUCAAAAUAAUAAUAUCAAAGCCUGAAU